CACCCACCGGGCGAGAUGGGCCUCGGCGGUGCUUUGGCCGGGCUCCCUUCAGCCCCCCCGACCCCACCUUUCGGGACUCGUGAGGGAGCGAAGGGAAGGGGCGCCGCCGAGCCGGGCAGGGCGCUGAUGUCACCGGCCAAGCCUUUAUAAAGGGGGCUCCCUGUAAAUUGCUCAACUGUGUUUCUUUGACAGCAGCUGCCGCCGCCGCCGCCGCCGCGGUGCUGGAGCGGUUGUGGGGGUUAGAGAGCCAGCCUGGACCUUCGAAGCGGGGGUGGAGGUGGGGUGGGGGAACAUGCAACCUUUACACAGCUGCCAGGCUCUCAGGCCCUUUAAACAGAGGAAGAGUUUUGCAACCAGAGUGGAAGAAGUUGCAAGUAUUAGAGGGAAGUUCCCAACAAAAGUCCCGGUAAUUGUUGAAAGAUAUCAGAAAGAAAAGUAUCUUCCACUGCUAGACAAAACAAAGUUUCUUGUGCCUCAAGAGCUGACCAUGACGCAGUUUAUAACCAUCAUUAGGAGCCGAAUGGCGCUGAGUGCUACUCAAGCUUUCUACCUGCUGGUAAACAACAAGAGCUUAGCCAGUAUGUCUCUUACUCUGGCUGAAGUAUACCAGGAUUACAAAGACGAAGAUGGCUUUGUGUAUAUGACUUAUGCCUCCCAAGAGAUGUUUGGAGGCCUCUUAGCCAUUGGCAAAGUAAGAUAUAAGGAAUGUUUCCUAAAAACAUAAGUGUUCUCUUGGUGACAGCUGUGGCCAGACACAUGAGCUGGGAAUCACAUGACUUGCUUGAAGAUAAAAAAAUGCUCUCUCAAAUGUGAGCUCUCUAGAAGGGUUUAAAGAGUCAGGAAUUGGUCAGACUCAGCGAAAGGAGCAACGAUGGAAUAUAAAAACACCUUGAGCAAACGACAUGGACACAUAUUUUGUACUUGGCUGCUUGACCACGAAAGAAAGGUAGUAGGAACACAGUUUAGCAUUAAAAUAAAUUUAAAUUAUGUGGCUGUUUUUAAAGGAGUACAUACAAAUAGAGAUAAAAGCAAGGCAUUUAAAGAGAUGUUAAGACCAGGUGAAAUUACCUGGGCAGGAUUUUUUUUUUUUGCUUCGAUUGAAUAGGUUUGUAAUUGACUGUAGCAGAUUGUUGCUAAACUGCAUUGCUGAGCACUGCAAAUUAUAGCCCUAGUUGGUUUUUGUAUGGGCCUACUUUUGUCAAAGCCUGUUGAUUCCUUCCUCCAAGAGGAAUACCACUUAAGAGGAGGUUUACACUCUUUACAUCAUAACAGUUAGUUACAAACAUAAAUUUGUUUGCUUUAACCAAAUUGUGACAUCAUGUGGAAAUGAGUUUUCUAAGAGGCUCUGUGGUACAUAACUGACCUCUUGGAAAUGCACUAUUACACAUUAUUCUAAUGGUACUAGUUGGGUAGGGGGAGUGGCUAUAGAGAUGGUAAUCACUUAAUGGUUCAUCAGCACAACUCUCUAAAUAGUAAUAUGGUUAGAUUGCAAAUACAGUACAUAUGUAGCAAAUUGCGGUAGCUAAACCUGUGGCCACAUACAGGCAUUAGAGAUAGCUUGUCACUCAAAGUAGAAAGUUCUUUAACUAACAUGAGUGCGCAAACUUCUGCCCCUCCAGAAUAAUGUAAAUCAUCUUACUUGGUUUGGUGACUGGUAUCAAGGACUUAAGCAUGGGAUUCCUUUGGAGUCUGAGUUCAUGAACAUGGAAGGUCUGCCUUAGUAACCUCUCUGCAACAUUAAGGUGAUUUCAGCUCUAAUUCUGGGCUAUCCAAGCUCUGCUUCUGGCCGUAGAGUGGACAGAAGUGGGAGGGUUUACCCAUCUUUAAUGCUGAGGCAGCAAGCCUCAAACCUCUAACAGUAGCUUUAUCAUGAGACUACGUCCCUGCCUUUUGAACUCUGCUCUGAGCUUUAACUUAAUUUCAGUCAAAGAUAAGAUGACUGUAUAAAAAUAAACCUUGUGAAAAUAUUUUUCCCUAUUGUAGCUCACAAAGUGCAAGGGAAAUGUUAUUUAGCCUAUACUUUAGGCUCUAAACUCUGCUGAUAAAACUGACCUGCUGAGGCUCUGGUAUCAGUUCUGUUAUUAAGGUAGCUGUAUCUCAGUGGAAGACAACAGCCUUAAAUGAAGCUAACUGCCCCUGAAUUAAGUGCUGGAUUACUGCAACUAACCUAAUGCAAGCUUCCCCGAUCUUAAACAUAAGCUGUUACAGGGCUGAACUUGCAUCAUCCAUUAUUUUUCAGUAUGCCGCCCCGAGUAGACAUGGUCUAGAGGGGCGGGGUAAAAAUCAAAUAAAUAAAUAAAUAAAUAAAUAAAUAAAUAAACUGAUGGCUUAUUUAAUGUUG